GUAGUUCUGUUGCUUUCAGACUUUCAUACUAGAGUUGUCCGUCGUAUGAAAGCAAGUUUGCGCUCGUGUGUUGUCAGUUUGUUUAAUCGUAUAAUUGUUUUUAUUCACCGUAAACGUGCAUUUAUUCCAAAUGGUUGUGUUGGAGGGUGGAGGCAUGUUGUCAACAUCCGGAAAUCAAUAUUUGCAGCCGGAUUAUCUGUCACCGUUACCAACUACGUUGGACGCUAAGAAAAGUCCUUUGGCACUUCUCGCACAAACAUGCAGCCAAAUCGGAGCUGACACUCCAUCGUCCAAGCCUUUGAUUUCUCCAUUGGAGAAACCAAAGAAGACGCAAGAGAAUUCUACGCGUUCUCCUCCAGUAAAAAACGACAAGAAUGCUCAUAGAAACACACCGACUGAAAACAAACUCGCUUUUAAGCCGUAUGAAAACAAUGUAGUUACAAAAAAGAGCGAAGAGAACCGGCCUAACUCAAAAUCAGGAUCUGCUCAUCAAAAUUCUACACCGAGUGAAGAUAAGAAAUCAGAAACGCAAAGUCCAGAACGGAAAUCAGUGUCACCAGCCACUAGUACUGCUGCGACUCCGGCCCCCGAAACCGGGAAAACUUCUCCAGGUUCGGGUGAAAACAAAUCGUCAACUCCGUCGGCUCGUGGUGCUAGUCCCAUCAUCAGAUCCGGUUUAGAGAUUUUGCAAGGACAUUCGAAAGAUACACCAUUGGGGGCAUAUAAGCACGGUUCUCUUUCGUCUGGUUUAUCAUCAGGAUUGAACGGCCCUUUAGGAUCGCUGUGUUGUCCUCCCGGACUCGAACACACGAAUCCGGCUUUCAGACCUCCGUUUCCCGGAGCUCCAUUUUCGCAUCACCACGCUGCCAUGCUCGCUGCUGGAUAUCCGGGUGCCACUCCGGGACCGUAUUUGAGUUACGCGCGUGUCAAAACACCGUCAGGUGGUGAAGCUUUAGUUCCAGUGUGUAAAGACCCUUAUUGCACCAGUUGCCAAUUCAACAUGCACAAUCAGCAAUUGUUGAUGAGUGGAGCAUCUGGCCCUUGUCCCAGCGGCUGCACGCAAUGCGAUCACCAGAAGUAUAAUUUGGCUAUGGCAAUGUCGUUAGUGCCCCCAGGUCCUGUGCCGCCAUCGUCACUCGCAUACCCCCAGUUGGGACGACCAUAUGUGUGUAAUUGGAUAGCAGGGGACACCUACUGUGGAAAGAGGUUUGUCACGUCCGAGGAGUUGUUGCAGCAUCUGAGGACACAUACGAGUGGAUCUGAUGGUUCGGCGGCGGUGACAUCCUCGGCGUCGCCUUUACUUAAUCCUCAUUCGUUAUUUUCGUCAGCGGCGUCGCUCCAUAGGCCUGGGUAUCCCAAUCCCCCACUUAGUCCGUUAUCAGCGGCGAGGUAUCAUCCGUAUGGGAAACCCACUCUACCUACCUCGUUGGGAGCUUCUCCAUAUAGUGCUUUUAAUCCGACGGCACUUGGAGCUUAUUACUCGCCAUAUUCCGUUUAUGGGCAACGUCUUGGCGCUGCUGCUGUGCAUCCAUAGUGAUACUUGUAGUAAUUCUUCUCAUGUUUUGACUUAUACAGACAUGGCGUCUGUAUCGGUCUGUUUGCUCCACUGUGAUAACGUGUAAAUAAUUUUGACGAAGCUAAAGCUGAUUAAAAUUAAGUGCAAUCUGAAGCGGACUUAAUCUUAGGGCAAUAAAUUAUAAAACUGUCCAUUUUCUUUCUAAGUUUUUCUCCCGUUUCAACGAUACUUUAAUCAUUAAAUAAUUCAAUAAAAAAAUAUUUGUAUAGACUUGUAAGUAUUUAAUGUUGAGUUUCGAUAUUGCUUUAAUAAAAUGUUUGUAGAACGA